GGGGCAUUUUUGCGAAGUAGUCGGAGGCGCUUUUGGGACGAACGUCGACGUCGGCAGCCAUUUCGAUUUGUGUUCAGUGCGUGGAGUGGUGAAAGCAAUUUUCACCGAGAGGAGCGCGCUGCAUUUAGUUGUUUUAACGUUUGGACUGUGGCAAAGACUUCUUAGUUGGUAAGACACCCGCGAUAGCAGAUAAGCACGGAAGAAAAAAUGUCAGCUCCCACGUGUUAUAAGUGCAACCGUCCAGGCCACUUUGCCCGCGACUGCAACGCCGGUGGCGGAAUGGUAGGAGGAGGAGGCCGUGAUAUGAGACGCGGUGGUGCUCGCGAAAAGUGCUACAAGUGCAAUCAAGUUGGUCACUUUGCGCGUACAUGCCCCGAGGAAGCAGAACGCUGUUAUCGUUGCAAUGGUAUCGGACACAUCUCAAAGGAGUGUUCACAAGCUGACAAUCCCACUUGCUAUAAGUGCAACAAGCUUGGUCACUGGGCGCGUAAUUGCCCGGAGGCUCUUAACGAUCGAAAUGUAAGCAACAUUUCGUGCUAUAAGUGCAACCGCACAGGUCACAUUUCCAAGAACUGUCCGGAUACAGCGAAGACAUGCUACGGCUGCGGCAAGAGUGGCCAUCUGAGACGCGAAUGUGACGAGAAAGGAAGCCGCAAUUAAGUAGCGGCAAGACUUCGUAUACUACACAUACACUACAAUUGCAACCAACUUAUAAAAAAUAAAAGAAAAAAACAUAAAACAAAAAUUAAAACUCACACUCUCCUUCCUUAUAAAACCUAUUUUCAAUACAAAAAAUUUUCUAAUUCCGAUUUGAGCGCUUUUACGGCUCUUCCUAGCAAAUGGCGCAGAUAUAUUGCAGUGGAACUGCGUCUAAAAUAAUCCUGAGAAGUUGAAAUUGUUUGUUGUCGAUCGAAAUUGAGAGAUUUACUGCUGCUUCAUAUUCAUCUCCUCCAGUGAACAUACACAGUCCAACCACCAAACACCACAUCA